GCAGAUAAGACUCAACCACAGAUGGUUGAGCAAGGCUGUGAGAGAGAGAGAGGAAGAGAGAGAGAGAGGAAGAGAGAGAGCAAAACGAACACAAAAGGAGAGAGAGCGAGUGGGAGGUGCAGCGCGUAGGAUUCUCUGUUAGUCCGUGAGUCUGAGAAGAAGAGAGGAGAAGAGAGGAGAAACCGCUGAAUGUCAGAAGCCUGCAGCAGCCUGGGUCUCUUCCCCAAGAACCAAGGACUACACUCACACAGCCAUACAGCACAGGCCCACUGCAGUCUGGAGCCACUGACCUGAACUACAGUUACCGGAGUGUGUGUGUGUGGGAGAGAGCCUGUCAGAGUAAUUGAUGUGAGCGUGUGUCUGAAUGGGUAAGCAGCAGUACCCUGCUGAAGUAAUGUGUGUGUGUGUGCACCCAUUCACAGUUCUUAUUAGCUGAUCAACACACACAGCUGCAGGGCAGGAGGGGGUUGAAGGGGAAGUGUGUGUAUGUGUGUGUGUGUGUGUGUGUGUGUGUGUGUGUGUGUGUGUGUGUGUGAGGCAUUCAGGUGAGCAGGGUUAACUGACUCUGUGACACCAACGUGUGUGCACAGUGUGUGUGUGAUAUCGGGGUCAGAGCACACACGACAGGAGGAAGUGACACGUCUCUACUCGCGCUCUCGGAUUUCCUGAAGCCUCUCCGGUGACACGAGGAGCACUGAUAGGACCCGAAUCUGAGCUGACCUCACCCCUGAUUCUGGAGCCCAAGCUUAUCUGGGUACCUACAGACACAAGACUGUGGAGGACUGGCAGUGGAUGUUUGGAAUCGAGAGGCGCCACUUGGACUGUGAGCCGUACGCGUGUCCCUAUACUGACCUACUGAGGUGACUGACUGUGGAUGCAUCGUGGAUGUGAAGGGCUCUGGGACUGUGAGCGUUGUGAACAGUGAGUGUGGCUGAAUGCCUCUCCAGACAGAGUAUUUCCCCCUCGGGGACCAUCAGGUUUCCUCCUGCUCCUCUGCUGGGUGUUUAUAGGCAGCCGAGGACUCAAAUUGAAGCCCUUAAAUGACGGGCAGCAACAGCAUGAGCAGCGGCUACUGCAGUCUGGACGAGGAGGGCGAAGACGUCGCCUUCUUCACCGCAAAGAGUUCCUUCUUCCGCCAGCCCCCAAAGCUGGUUAAGCAGAAAGAGGUCGAAGAGGAGAGAGGGCCCAAGGCUCUGUCAGAGGAAGAAUUACGGGCCAAGAUAGAGGACUACAACUCUACGGUCUCAGAGAAUGGCAUGAAACUGGGUGCUGAUGGUUUGUACACUGGCUUCAUUAAGGUCCACCUCAGACUAAGUCGACCAGUCACGGUGCUUGCUGUGGAGGGGACGGGAUUAGACGGCCAGGCGGAAAGACGGCCAAUGACUGUGUCAGAGGGCCAGGAGGGGGCGGGAGCAGGGUUCAGUGAGAAGCGGACGUCGUUCUACCUGCCCAGUGACUGUGUGAAGCAGAUCCACAUCAGUAGUACUACCACAGUCAGGGAGGUCAUACAGGGCCUGCUGAAGAAGUUUAUGGUGCAGGAUAACCCACGCAAGUUUGCUCUAUACAGACAGACACACCGCGAUGGACAAGAUCUGUUCCAGAAGCUUCCUCUUGUGGAGUGUCCUCUCGCUCUGAGACUGGUGGUGGGUCCAGAUCCUGAGCUGCUCAGCUUUGUCCUCAAGGAGAACGAGACUGGAGAGGUGGAGUGGCAUGCGUUCUCGGUUCCUGAGCUGCAGAACUUCCUGGUGAUUCUGGAGAAGGAGGAGGCAGAGCGUGUGCGAUUGGUGGAGCAGAGAUUCGCAGUCUACCGACAGAGCUUGCAGAAGGCAUUACGGGAGGAUCAACCCUGACCCCUCACCCUUCAUCUCUCACUCUGACCUUUCAACCCUCACCUCAUCUCUUUUGACCCAGGGAGAGACAGGAGCCCACUGAGGCUUAGAUUACUAUUCUCCCCUCAGGACACGGGCAGCCCCUCCCUCACUUCUCACAUCCCCUCUGGAGAAGGGAGGCGGGGUUGAGAAAGCACGGAAAGGGGAAAAGGGACUGUUUGAGGGAUGAGUGGAUAGGAUGCUAGAACAAAAGAAGUCUGUGCAUCCCUGUGAGUAAAAAGACACUGAACUGAAGGACCGAAGGUCUGACUUCGUUGGGGCUCAGAUAUCUUGGUUUGAUCUGACAAUCUGACCUGAUGGGUCUUCUACUGUUACUUUGAAUCUCAGUUUGGUCUGAGAAUGUUUUGAAGAUUCUACUGCUGCUGCCGCUGCUACUGCAAGUGUUGCUUACGCAUGAGUCUCACCUUGCUCUAUCUGCCCCGGUGCCCAUGCAUAAAGAUUUAGGACCAGAACAGACAUUACUAUUCAAAGCAACGCUCCAUGGUGGGUGGACCAUUUGAAAUGUUCCGUUACUUGAUGUUUAUUAUAUCAACUCUCAUGUUGUCCCUGCAUGCCUUCUGUCCAAGGCUGAGGGUAGGAUGGGGGGGUUGUCAUGGUUGGAUUGGGAAGCAGGGUUGGUAUGGUGGGGUACAUCUGUGUAGGGUUAGGGUGUGGAAAAAGGAACACCAGAAUCCAUUCUCAUCUUCAGACUCCUCUCAUAUCAGUCCCAGGGAUGUACAGCAGUGUUUCUCAUGGAACCACUCUAUUAAGCCCAGAAGGCUACAGAAUCGUAAGAAGACUUGAACAUCUCUGUCCUAACUUCUUUAUCCAGCACUGAAAUGAACCCUCUAUCUCAGGCGGCUAACUUGCACUUAACCCUGCAUCUCACUCUACCAGAGUAGCCAUGCUAGUGUGGGAGGUCUUGUGCAGACAGACGUGUAUUUCGUAGGUAGAUGUUAUUCCCAUCUCUUCAGACAGCCAUUUGUGUACCCUGACAGCAGC